AUGAAUCGGUUUGGUCGAGCCUCUACUUCGUUAUAUUCCUUCGAAGUUUUAUCACUGACCUUUACNCGUGGUCCGUGUCCACCACAUGUCAAUCAUGCUGUUUUACUGACGGGUUGGGGUACGGAUGCACAAACAGGUGUUCCGUUUUGGCGUGUGAAAAAUUCAUGGGGUGCAGGAUGGGGUGAAAAUGGUUUUGCACGUUUUGAACGUAAACCAGGUGAAAAUCAAUGUUUUAUCUAUCAUGAAGUGACCCGUCCGACUGCCAUUUAA